AUGCUUCAUCACCCUUCUUCAGAAUCCAUCUGUCCCCUCACGGUGAGAGCCGCAUCCUCCUUGAAAAGUUUAUCUUCAAAUGACCAUCGUUUGACUAAUAUCAACAACAGUAUCAACAACACACUGAACUCUUCAGCUUCAGAAACUUCUCUUGCUUCAAACACACCCUCCUUCAAUAUCAACAUUGUCUCCGAUGCAUCGGAUUGCUCAAUAUCGUCUCCACAUUCAAAUAGGAGCUCCAUUGUAGAUUAUAGUGGCCCUAUUAACUUGUCAAAUGUCUCCAAUCAAAUCAGUACCGACAAUACCUGGAUGACUUACAUGAACCAAAAUGCAACCCAGCUUAACAACAGUGGUACCAAUACAAAUAGUAAUACUACUAUUGGUAUUAAUACUAAUGGUGCCACUGCAGCUGCCACUACUGUUCCUUCUAUUACUACAGAUGCAGGUCCUUGGAAUGACUCAACUAGUACAAACAUGUCCCAAGAAUCUUUGUCUAAUUUCACCUUCACAAACUGGAACUUUAAUUCAUUACAAACAUCUUCAAAUUUGAAAAAAUCAUUGGAAUUCUCAAUGGAUGAUCCCUUUUUACCUUCAAAUUUAAAACAAUCAUCGCCUCUCUUAAAUGACGGCUUUAAUAGAAACAUUAAUAAUAGUUCCUUUAUUAAUGAAAGUGUCCGCAACAACCAGUUUCUUAAUAAACAACAACAACAACUCCAACAACAGAAACCUCCAACUUCAGUUUCCCCCCUAUCUGCUUCUGCCGCUAAAAAAUCCUUAAAUUGGAAUAAUAUGAACUCCAUAUUGAAUGACUUGACAAAUCAACCAAUGAGCCACCGCCAUUCAGGCUCCUUCUCUCAAAAUUCAACUUGCUCCUCCAUCGGGGACGAGUUGGUCAACCAGCCCUAUUAUCAGGCCCAAUUGACUAACUUGAAAAUGAAGAAUGCCCCCGUGGAGGAAUCAUCUAAUAAAAUCCCCCAAAAUCAACAUUACAACUCAUGCAUCAAUUCGGGGAAGGCAAAUAUUAAUCGACAGCUAUUCAAGACAGAACUCUGCGAAACCUUCCAAAAAACAGGUAAAUGCCCCUACAAUGAGAAAUGCCAAUUUGCUCAUGGUUUACAUGAAUUAAAACUUGUCUCUAAACCGAAAAAAUGGAAAACUAAAAUGUGCAAAAAUUGGAUCGAAAGUGGCUUUUGCAGAUACGGUAAACGUUGCUGUUAUAAGCAUGGCGAAAAUGAUGAUGGCUCAAACGGCUUGAACUGUAUACCAAGUCAUCAGAAUGUACUUUACUAA